UGAAGCUAUGAACUUCCUGGCCCGUUUUUCUGUAUGUUAACAACGAUCUAUGGCGCAUUCCUCCACUUCCUAUGGAUAUACUGCUACACCAGUGUGUCACUAUGAACUUACUCCCCGAGUGAUUUGUUGUUCCUUGUAGUGAGUGAGACCAGCUGACUGGCAACAGUUGUCUCUCUGUGUCGUCGUUGUUUUUGUUGUUGUUGUCGAUUCAGUCUGUGUUUAUCUAGAAAUUUACGACAGUUGUUCACCCUUUGGGCUAACCUGGCUACAUCUGGGCAGACGAUCUUUGUUGUUUGAUAAAUAUGUUAAUUUAUCGCCUGUGUGGGUAUUACUUGCAAUUUAAAUACGCGCAUUUACAGGCUUAAAACAGUCAAACCUACCAAACCCGUAUUUAAUUAUCAUCAAACUAUAAAAGGAUCAGAUUUGAAGUGCUUUUAAAACGUAUACAUGGGACAAUGUUGAAAUUCGCAUAUGGACACAAAGGUCAUUCCAGUGACGUCAGAGUUCCAUCUUAUGGGGAUUUAACCGAGACUUUUCCCCCACGGACCGUGAUGGUAGCAAUGGAUGGAAGCGAGGACUCCAGAUUUGCGUUUCAUUGGUACGUGCAGAAUAUCCACAGGCCCGGGGACAGGGUAGUUAUAGUGUUCGCCGUAGAGUUCCAUUCGGAGCACGACUCCAGGUGGCUAUUUUCUUUUACAGAAAGUGUGGAAGAAAAAGUAGGUGGAUCUCUUGACAAAGAAAGAGCAAGACACCUCGAGACAGUAAAAAAAUUCUCAAAACUGUUAGAAAACUCCAAGAUUUUAGGUGAAGUCAACGCCAUCGAUUCCAAAUCCCCGGGAGAGGGUAUAGUACAAGCUGCCAAAGAAAUCCACGCCUCUUUUAUCGUGACCGGCACAAGGGGUCUCGGAAAAGUGCGAAGAACUAUUUUAGGCAGUGUCAGUGACUAUAUACUGAGGCACGCUCCAAUGCCUGUAGUUGUCUGUAGAUAUGUGGAGAAGAAAGGUUGUGAAAAGUGAUAUCGUGAUAUAUAACAAUAAACUGUAAACAUUCCUAAAGAGUAAUGUUGUCCUCACCGGAACUGAUGAAAUGGUGUAUUAUGAAUAUGUGUCAACUGUUGAACCUCUUACCACUAUGGAGUUCGUUUGAUCUUCACUUUUCAAGUUAUUGUUAUGUGUAUGGACAUUGUCAUUUUGUAUGAUAUUAUUGUUUAAUAAAAUUAAGAAUGUU